UUAAGAUAACAACCAAAAAAACGUGAAAAUACGCGAUUAUAAAAACAAAAACAUACAUAUUUCUAAUUUGUAAAAAAUACUUUCUUACGUUGUUUCUGUUCCAAUCUCAAACUUUGUCUACACACGGCACAGAUAACUAACGGAAGUUUGAUAAAAGAAAGAAAGGAUGGGAUUCUAUUUUUAAAGCCACGCACUUAGGUGGCGACUGCAAGGCUGAAGAAUGUGACAGGCGUCAACGGCAAGAUGUCUAGUGGCGAGCGAGAGGGGUGGAGAUAAAGCAGACAAAUAACAAAAGCGCGCUUCAAGCGAUCACGCCGUAAAUUCCUCAAAAAUACCUCGUUAUAGCCGUGUUCUCGCUAUUACCGUGCUCGCUAUAACGAGAUUCUACUAUCAUGUUUUUCUGACUUAACACAGUUAGUAAGGUAUCUUUUUUCUAUCCAGAGUGCAGAGCAUACAUUAUUAUUGCCCUUUUGUCAGACAGUUAGGUAAGAUACAAGGUUUUCUAACUGAUAAUGCAAUACAUAUAUUGACGUCCCUCGGCUUGAGGCCCCCGGUUCCCUGCUUGCGUGAAUGUCCAGUUAUGCCCGUACUGCUCUGCGGAGAGUGGGUCCAGGCCAACGUGGCCGGGACCGGGAACUGCGGGACCUGGAGGGAGGAGUUAGGUGGAGAGGAAUAUUGGUAAAUUGUUCCAAUAACGAUUCGGUGUUGACGGUUUUCACAAGCCCCUUUUAUUAACGAUUUAUGACCCUGCCGCAGCCUGGCGAAACCACCGCGGAACCAACUCCCUUCCCACGGCGACCCAGACUCACGUAACACCGUAAGGUCCGCUAUGACGUCCCGGCACAGAUUGAGGCUGCUUACACGUAAUACUAGUCCCGUUAAGGGUCCUUUGGGCGUAUGGUCUCCGCGAGAAGAGCUCUCCAUGCCACGUGUUCGAGCAGUCCGGGAGGCGUGGUGUAGGGUCGGGGGCGUGGUCUACCCUAGUGACGCACCUAAAGAAUGUUGCACAUGGGGCGGUAACUCAAUGGGAGGGGAGUGAACAAUGUUGUUAGUCCUGUGCACACCCGCCAGAGUGCAGUUGCUGUAGUUACCAUUUGUGUUUUUUGGCGGGAGGGGGGUAAAAUUAAAAAUGGCUACUUAAAUGAGUGUAAACACGUGUGGUUAUUGUGAAAAUUGAUUGUUCCUGUUCACGUUGUGACCAUUUAUGGUGAAAAUGACUAGAAAAAAGCCAUGCUGUGUUCCUGGAUGUCGAGAUACAACAUCUAUCCGGCAUCGCUUGCCAAAAAAUGACGAUGUUUCGUAUAAGAUAUGGCUGGAAAGAAUAAACAACCCUAGGCUUUUGUCGCUGGAUAAGGAACGUGUUUAUAAAACAUACGUCGUGUGUGAACGUCACUUUAUAGAUGACUGCAAAAAUCUUGGUUCGAAGCAUUUAAAGAUCUAUUCGCUUCCAUCAUUGCAUUUACCAAAUUUCACAGAAGUAGGUACCGUAAAUAACUCCUUUGGAUAUCCACGAAAAGGUAGUUAUAAUGGAAAACCAAGCUGUGAAAAAGAUAUUUCAGAAUUACCAUGUAUGGCAAGAGCGGACACAUUACAAAAAGCAUCAAAUGAACAUAAUUCACAAAUUCAAGCUAUGGAUGUUGAUCCUGGUAUUGAAGACAACAUUGAUUCAUGUUCCUUCAUUGAAAAGCAAGGACAGGAGACAGCCACAAAUACUAUGGACAUCAGUUUUUUCGAAAGCGAUGGAGUGUGGCCCCUUGACACAGUAGAUCUUCAAAUGAAUGAAGAAACAGGAAACCAAAUGGCAGAUGCAACAAUAAGGAAUGAGCAUUCUGGUUCACGUCUAAAAAAUAGAAACAAUUCUUUGCUUAAAAAAACUGGAACAACACGGCAGAUGAAACUCACUCCCAAAGCACAGAAGCUUUAUUCUGAAGCAACUAAAUUGCUCCGACAGAAAAGAUGUCUCUCCCUGCGAGUAAAGCAAUAUAAAACAAGAGUAAAGUUAGCAGAAAAAUUUUCUGAAAGUAGUUUUUUUGAUAACUUAAUAAAUAAAGUUGACUUAGUUACAUAUAACUUCAUUAUGUCUCAAAUCAGAACACAAAAGCACAAACCUAAGGGUAGGCGCUUCACAUUAAAUGAUAAGAUAUUUGCUCUCUCUGUCCUGAAACAAAGUCCCAAAGGGUAUAAGUUGCUGUCUAAAUAUUUUUCUCUGCCUUCAAAAAGACUAUUAAAUAAUCUCCUGCAAAAGCUUGACUUCAAGCCUGGUAUCAACAUGCGUGUCAUGGCACAUUUAAAGGAAACUGUGACCAAGUUGAAUCAGAAAGACAGGUACUGUUGUCUCAUGUUUGAUGAAAUGAGCCUUCAUCCCAAUAUUCAAUAUGGUGAAAGUGUUGACAGGAUAGAGGGGUUUCAGGAUCUAGGGAAUGGAAAACAGAAACCAACGUUUGCUGAUCAUGCUUUGGUUUUUAUGGUGCGUGGUAUCAGAAGAAGGUGGAAGCAACCAGUUGCAUACAUGUUUACCAACAGCACUUUUAAGGCCCCACAGCUUGUACAAUGCAUUAAAAACGUGAUCAGUACCUUGCAAGAGACAGGCCUGAAGGUAGUCGCCACAAUCUGUGACCAGUCAUCUACAAAUACUGCCGCUGUAAACUCACUUUUACGACAGACCCAGGAAACUUAUCUAAGGGCAGAAGUUGAAAACCGUAACAUGGGAUUUGUCAUCAAUGGACAAGAAAUUGUACCAUUAUAUGACCCGCCCCAUCUCCUUAAAGGUAUACGUAAUAAUUUGUUAAGUAAAUGUCUUCAAUUUAGGUUGAAUGGCUCCGCAAAAAAAGCUUGCUGGAAACAUAUUGAACAGUUCUAUGAAUUGGACAGCAGAAGUGGUGAAACAGAAUUUCGAGCCUGUCCUAAGCUCACAGAUGAACAUAUUAUCCCUCACAAAAUAAAAAAAAUGAAAGUGAGCUGUUGCAGUCAAGUGUUUAGUCAACGCUUGUCUGCUACUAUGCGGAUGGCCUGUCAGUGGGGUAAACCAGGAGAAACUCUUGACAAAGAUGCUGUUGAUACAGCAGAUCUAUUGUUGUUUAUGGACAGACUGUUUGAUAGUGUCAAUGGGACAAUGCUGAAACCUCAACCAGGAAAACCUCUUCGCUCUGCUGUAACCAGUCAAUCUCCACACGUGGAAUUUUGGAAGGAAGCUGUUGAAGUCCUGUCAACGUUUCGGUUUGUUAAUGAACAGACAAAGAAAGAGGAAACACCACCAUCAGUCAAAAAUUGGAUAGUGACUCUGAAAGGACUUAAAUACCUUUGGGAAAAACUUCGAAAUGUUGGCUUCAAGUUUUUGGCAAACCGUAAUUUCAAUCAGGAUCCAUUGGAAAACCUUUUUGGUACCAUCCGCAGCCAUGGCAUCAGGAAUGUUAACCCCACAUGUUCCAACUUCAAAACUUCACUGAAAAGCAUUUUGCUGAAUAACUUUGUGUCCAUUCAUUCUGUGAACGCAAAUUGCGAAGAAGAUGACAGUGUAGGAGCUUUGAAUUCAUUGAAGAACCUUCUGUGUGCACACCAAGAAGAAACUACAGAAGCACGUUCUGAGUCACCAUCUCAAGAACAUUCUAUAUUUGAUGACAAAAUCUCAAAAGAGUGUACACCGAUUUCUCAUUUGUGUAACUCAACAAAUGUAUAUGUCAGUGGUUAUAUUGCUAGGACAGUUCUAAAAAAAAUCAAAGGUUGUAAAACUUGUAGAGAAAUUUUAUGUACAGAUACUUCUUCACCUAAUGAUGACAUUAUCACUGCACGGUCGUACAACCCUAAAUCACUGUCUCGCCCUAACUCAUUUUUCACAGACAUUUGCAAAACUCUUUUCAGAGCAGUUGAUACAAAUUUACCACAUAUUUGCCAUGAGAAUGAUAUUAAGACAAGGAUUUUUAGAAAAGUGAUGUUGAAAACAGAAUUCCUUUCUAAGUGUAGUAUUCAUAAUUUACACUCAUGUGUCUGUGAUACAGUGAUAAAAUUUUGUAUUCAUUCUUGGUGCAAUACUGUUAAUAGAAUUUUGACUGGAAAGUAUGCUGCUCCCAAACUUAAAGAUCCUAUAAAAAAUUUGGCACGUGUGAAAUUUUUGAAAUCACGACACAAAAAAUAAAUAGUGAUGUGACCCUCGCUCACUCAUUAAUGGUUACUGGGUACUUAUAAGUUACGUACUUCAGAAUGACAAUGUGUUGUGACUUGGUAUUUGUUGAUAUUGAGUCUGUCAUUGAAUGCAGAAUGUCGGAAUGAGAGUCUGUUGUGACUGCUGUAUUUGUGUGUAGAAAUGUUGAAAUGUGUCAUGUGGUAUAAAAUACAGCAAUAUAGUUAGUUAUUUUUAAUGUAUUAAAGUGACUUUUUCCAUACUGUCAAUUUAUUAUAAGAGUAUUUUCUUUAUUCAUUAUGUAUAAUGUAUUUUUAAUGACAGAUGGACACAUAUCUAAAUAAUGGCUAGAAACUAUAUGUUAAAAGCUCAUCCUAGCUUAUGUUGCUAAUUCAUGUAAAUAGGAUGGAUGAUUGUAUAGUGAACUUAACAAUUGAUUUUAAAAUACUGCUGUGUAAUACAGGUCUUUAUAAAAUAUAUGACAAUAGUUGUGUUCUGCAUGGAUUUAUAGUAAAUUUUUAUACAGUUGUACCUAAAUUCAGGAUAACAUUAUUUGUACGAUAUAUUUCUAAUUGUUUGUGACUAUGAUGGGCCAGUGGCCUGAGCGUUUGCCUCAUGCCAAGGGAAUCCCAGUUGCAAUCCCUAGUGGGAUGAUCCUGUAUUUUGGCAUGUGAUGCUAGUCCACACAUUUUCAGGACUCUCAUUUUCCCUGCUAUAGCGUCCCACUCUUAGAUUUCAUUGUGGAGUUACAUGGGCUUACACUUGCCUAGUCUUUAAAAGGUACAAGCAAAAGUGAACCCGGCCAUUCAUAUAGACCGAAGGUCACUCUGUUUGUAAAUGUAUGUUUUUAUCUUGGCUAUAUUAGGUUCUGUCUACAAGGGAAUUGAAAAGAUAACAGCUAGGUGGGACAAGAUUUUACAGGAUUGACUUGUGUAUUAAAAAAAAUUAAUAUGUAUUGGUUUUCAAUUACCUUAAUUAAUAAUGCUUGAAAUAUAAUGUUAAUAUUGUAUAGUAAAAUUAUUAAUAAAAAUAAAUUUUUCUUACAGAA